CUUCGUCUUCCUUCGUCAUGUUCACAAAGGCUGUCGUCGCCCUCGCCCUCGUGGCCGUUGCUGCCUCUGCUCCUUCUCAACCAGGCUAUGGCUAUGCCCCUGAGCCUGCCUACGAGACCCCUGCCAAGUACGACUUCAACUAUGCUGUGAAGGACGACUACUCUGGCAACGACUUCGGUCACCAGGAGGCCCGUGACGGCUACGACACCCAGGGAUCCUACUACGUCCUCCUUCCCGACGGUCGUCUGCAGAAGGUCGCCUACACUGUCAACGGAGACUCCGGUUACGUGGCCGAGGUUAGCUACGAGGGUGAGGCCCAGUACCCCGAAUACAAGCCAGCCCCUGCCUACAAGCCCGCCCCUGCCUACAAGCCCGCCCCUGCCUACAAGCCUGCUCCUUCUUACCAGCCCGCACCUACUUAUGAGCCUGCUCCUACCUACGAGACCACCCCAGCCUACGUCUAAAUGAACUUCGAUUGAACAUAAAUAUAUUAAUAUUUAUUAAAC